ACAAAUUUACAAUGACAGAUUCUUUACGAAAAGGGAAUGUACCACCGGAACUGACGCGGUGAAAGGUGUUGUUGUUGGUGGUGAGCGCGGUAAACUCGUGUUGUGGACUAAAUGGCGUAAAUAAAGUUUAUGGUGACUGAACAUGGACUGCGGCCGAGGGAUGUUUUGCCCGUUUUGUGGCAAACACAUGAGCAGCUUAACGCGGUUUUGCUUUACGUAUGGUCGGUGUUUGGAGUUUCUAAAGGACGCGGACCAGACGGAAACACAGAGGACGUCUUGACAGCCGGACAGUGCUAAGCAAAGUAAGUUAUUUUUUAUUUUUUUAUUUUAUUUUUUUAGUGUAGCUAAACGCUAGCUAUCUGAGGCCAUGUGAAUAAAAAUUAGUAAUGCUAAUAAUGAUUUUUUUGAGCAGCUUAUAACUUUCUGUUUUGAAACGGAACUCGUCCAUUUCAGCAGAACAACCAUGCCCAUCGUACAAACAGUUCAUGGAGUACAGAAGCUCGAAGUCAAAAGAACGGCAAUCUUUUAACUAUGGGCCUAAAGAAAGAAAACACGUCCAGCAACUUACUGCUUUUGACCUUGAGAUACUCUUCAAACCUGACCUCAGUCCUUCGGGGAGAUAUCGAAGACUUAAAGAAAGUCAAACCAUGGGCUACUGGGCAGACUAUCUCCUUGAUUGUGAAGAAAGCCAGGCUGCUGUGUCUGUGGAAGGUGUUUUGAUGUUUGCUACUAGGCUGUCUUCACUUCCACCAUCUGGCUUGGAACCACCGCCAAAAAUACAGUUCCUGGACAACUCUGCGUUCCCAAUGGCAAAUACAUGUACAAACUCCUUGAAAUUACCACUCCUAGACUCAUACAUUUUGUUUAAGUCACAAAUGGACUUUGGAAUUCAAAAUAGUCCAGGAUUUGGCUGUUUUUAAGCUAAAUGAUGGAUGACCCCUAGAGUUAAGACUCUGAAAAUGUUGUUGUUAAAGGUUCACUUUAAAGUGCAGUUGCCAAAAUUGUUUUUAUAAUGUAACAGUAUGUGAGCAUAAUUUUCUCACCGUCAACAUUUUGAAAAUGUUUUAGAUUUGUGACUCUCAAACUGGGAUCCCUUUGUGAAUCGCUGUUUUAGAUAAAGAAACAAGUAGUUCAAGAAGUUUUGUUUUAUAUACUACAAAAAAAUUAAUAAAUACUUAUUACUAAUUU